UUAGUCGUUACUUGCCCAGACGGGAUCCAGUUUUGAAACCUCUUAUCUAUGAGAUGGUUCUGCAUGAGUUUUUGGAGAGUGACUAUGAGGGGUUUGCAACCCUGAUAAAAGAGUGGCCUGGAGACCUCUACAACAACACAAUCAUAGUUCAAGCUGUAGUAGAUCACCUGAAGAAAGAUCCACAAAACAGGACGUUGUUAAGAACCCUUGCAGAACUGUAUACGUAUGACCAGCGCUAUGGCAGAGCCCUAGAAAUUUACCUAACUCUCAGACACAAAGACGUCUUCCAGUUGAUCCACAAGCACAAUCUGUUCAGUUCCAUCAAAGAUAAAAUUGUUCUGCUCAUGGAUUUUGAUUCAGAGAAAGCAGUGGACGUGCUUUUGGAUAACGAAGAUAAAAUUUCCAUUGACAGAGUUGUUGAAGAGCUAGAAAACAGACCUGAACUACAGCAUGUGUAUUUGCACAAGCUUUUCAAAAGAGACCACCAUAAAGGACAGCGGUAUCAUGAAAAACAGAUCAGUCUUUAUGCUGAAUAUGAUCGUCCAAAUUUACUGCCAUUUCUCAGAGACAGCACACACUGCCCACUAGAGAAGGCUCUAGAGAUCUGCCAACAGAGAAACUUUGUAGAAGAGACAGUUUAUCUUCUGAGCAGAAUGGGGAACAGCCGCAGUGCUUUGAAGAUGAUAAUGGAAGAACUGCAAGAUGUAGAUAAAGCUAUUGAAUUUGCCAAGGAACAAGAUGAUGGAGAACUUUGGGAAGACCUCAUUUUGUAUUCUGUUGACAAACCACCUUUUAUUACUGCUUUGUUGAACAAUAUUGGUACUCAUGUUGACCCCAUUCUUUUGAUUCAUCGUAUUAAGGAAGGCAUGGAGAUUCCUAAUCUGAGAGACUCACUAGUGAAAAUUCUUCAGGACUACAACUUGCAGAGGAAAAUAUCUGUGAAUCAUGCCUGUCUCCAAUACUUCCUGCAGAUGCAUCCAAGUCCUUCAACGUGGUGGUGUUCCACUGCAGACACGUUUCACAAAGAAUGUCUCCCAGUAUCUAACACAGUAUCUUCAGUCCAGUUCUGCAACAUAUGCAGUGCCAAACACAGAGGACCAGGAAGUGCAAUCCUGGAGAUGAAGAAAUAGCAGUCCCCUAGCUCUCCAUACCAGUCUGUGACACCAAGCCUGUUAGGAGGCACUGUAGUUUCUGUUAGUCAUCAUUUCUGUAAAUAAUUCUGAAUGUGAUUCAAAACUGAUUUCUGUAAGUUAUCCACAUGCUGGAAAGGGAAAAUGUGAAAAUCUUUGCUUAGUAGCGCUUUGUUACACAAUUCGUACUUCGCUGUUCCUGUGCUCAGCUUAUUCUUAACUGUGGAACUGAGAAGGAAAAUAAAAAGACAGGAAAACAGUCUGAAGAUUUAAGUGUUUCACAGACUGGCAACGUAUCACGGUCGUGUAAAGAAAAAUUAAUGAAUUUGAAUUCUUACUAGCAAACUUGAGAUCCAUGAGGAAUCUGACUUCUUGAUGUGGGAUUACUUGAGCGUUUGAAGGUGCUGGUGUUCUGAAUUACAUAUUAGAUUGACAAACUUGUUAAAUUUUAAUUCCAUUCUUCCAGAUCGUACCUCACUUGUGUGACUACACAUUCAUAGUUUGUUAGAAAAUGGUCACUUUCUCAGUCUUCACAGUGCAGCUAGGUUUGUGCCAUGUUGAACCCAUGCAGAGACUUUUAAGUGUUAGCAGCAGACCUUAAUACUUAUAAAAUAA